AUGAACUUCGACGAUGUUUGGACGCGCGCGCAGGCGGAAGUCCUCGCGCCACCGCCGCCGGUCAUCACGCGUGAGGCGAGGUAUUGUCAGCGCGAACUCGAACAGCGCCUCGUCAUCACGGAGCGCGACGAGCGGAUGCGCCUUGAGUGGGCGCGCCAGUUCCCGGAGGACGUCGCCGCGAUGGAAUCAUUCUACACCGAGAAGGAGGAGGCCAAGGCGGCGGGAGAAGGUAGCGUCGAGAGGCAGCCCAACGUCAUCAUGGCGAUGAAGAUCCUGAACUGUUCCCUCUGCCGUGAACCCCUCCGUCCUGCAAUUUACCAGUGUUCAUGUGGGCAUUUCAUCUGUAAGACCUGUCACUCUUACAAGUCACCGAAGAAGAAGAAGAAAAUGUGCAGCGACUGCUCCCGGCCAUUCUCCCAGCGCGCCUACGGCAUGGAGCGCGUCCUCGCCAACAUUUUUGUUCCCUGCAAGUAUCGAUGCGCGAAGAAGAUGACCAGCUGGUACCAGAACGAACGCCACGAGAUGUACUGCCUGAACGGGCCGGCCCUCUGCCCAGCGCAUGAUGACAGCCCCCGAUGUGGCUUCAUUGCGCCGAUGUCAGAGCUCAUAGACCAUAUGUCCGGCGUGCAUAAGUGGCCGACGACGAGAUUCAGGCACGACGUGCAGUUUUAUCUUCCCGUCGGCGUUGAGCCUGUCAUUCACCUUCUUCGCUGCGAAGACGACGACGACCACCACAUCUUCCUGCUCGGCUUGUCGGAUUCCCUCGACAAGCGAUACCGUGCAGUGUACAUCGAGCCAGUCGGACGGUUCGAUUCUGAAAAUGAGUUUGGAUGCUCGGUGUCUGUCACUUGGGAUAGUUUUGGUAGGAAUCAGCACCGGUCCGGCUCGUGUGACAGUAUCAUACGCACCGAUCCCAAGAACUGCCUGUGCUUCUUUCCCAGUCGCAGCCAUGCUGUGCUCAAAAUUAUCUUGUGCAAGAAGGACGUCAAUGGAGCGCAGAAGGAAGUAGAGAAGGACGACGCUAACAACAGUAGCUACCAUGAGGACGAGGAUGACGAAACGGACGAUGAUUACAAGUCUGAUUGGUCCUGUGCAUUCGACGCAUAG